CCUAUGGCAAGCUAGUACAUGUCUGGGAACUAGCAUUUCAAGACUUGUCAAAAAGUUACGCCUUCAACGGAGCCAAGCUGUAUGGGGCGGAGGCGGUACUACAUGAUAAAGGGUUUCUUUUGCCUGAACAAGUAGUAGGUGCAACUACAACUUAGGACUUGCGGUUGUAGUACGGAACUCGAUUGUUACUGUUUUGUUAGUGUUGCUAGAAACAAACUACAUAUAGUUAGAAGAGAAGGUAUUUCGCUGGCCCUUUUCUCAACUCUCAAAUCAACCUACCAUUAGGCUAGUAGCACUAGAUGGGACACCAUGAUGAUGAUCAACACCUCCAGAUUGCUAGCCAGCUACAUCUUGGAUCAAGAGGAGCACAGGGGUCAGCGUCGACCUAUCAUCCUUUCGCGGAUCCUGGUGAUUUUUCCAAUAACCAAAACAACAUGGACGGAUUCCAUAAGAAGCCUGUCGAUCCAUCAGGAGGAGUCGGAAGCGUUCAGCAACAGCGUUAAGGAAAGGUUUUGUGCCUGUGUCACGUCUUGAGAAAAGGUUUUGUGAACCUUGUUUACCAGUCUAGAACCUGUACCAGUCUAGUAACUUCCACCAGCACAUAUAAUGUCGAGUCUCGUCUGAGUGCAUAGUAAUCCGCCUUCGCAGGCUAGUCUCCACCAGCACAAUCUUCUUCCGUCGCGUCUUCCUUUCCAAUCUAAUCUCCACCAGCACAAUCCUCUUCCGUCGGGUCGCGAUUUCUACUGCCAAUAGGAGAAUGCGAGUUCGUCUUGAACGGUGUGAUAGACGACCUGGGCAAGGAUUUGUGGCCAAGGGAAGGCCCAAGAAGUCGCGUAUAUCGGAGUACAGGAGCGGCUUUGUCUCUGGCUGUUUCACUAGUGGAACAGUACGUCCAUGAAACUACUGGCGGUAGUAUGUCUCGGUCAUCCUUUGCACCACCGUCA